ACAAGAGAAGAUUUGUAGAUGUAGAAGUAUUUGGCUUUAAAAUGAAGCAAUAAUUAAAAUAAAUGCUUUGAUAUAGCAAAGUAAGUGUUAUUUUCAAAAAAUGUUCAAAAAAUGUUGAAAAUAUUCAAAGUAAAAAAAAUGUACAGUAAGUAAAGUAUUUGUACUGUUACUUUACACCACUGUCAAUGGAUGUGUAAUUCAGUGUAUUAUUCUGUUCAGAUUAGAAUACUGUAAACUCACUGGUCAGUGUUGUGAAAUUCUGGCAUCAGUUCUACAAUCAUCAAACUCCUGUCUGAUAGAGCUGGACAUGAGUUUCAAUGACCUGCAGGACUCCGGAGUAAAGCUGCUCUCUGAUGGACUGAAAAGCCCAAACUGUCAGCUGGAGAAACUGAGAUUAUGUGGCUGUAAGGUGACAGAUAUAGGCUGUGGUUAUCUGGCUUCAGCUUUGCGUUCAAACCCCUCACACCUGAGAGAGCUAGAUCUGAGAGGCAAUAACCUGGGAGAAUCAGGAGUCAAGAUGCUCUCUGAUCUACUGAAUGAUCCAAACUGCACACUGAACAAAUUCAUGUAUGUUGAGCAGUAAGAUUUAUCUAAUCCUGUGAAUGUUUGUUUUUGCAUUUCAGUCUUACCAUCAACAAGUGUACAGUGGAGUGAAAUGUGGAAAGGGUCUGUAGUAAAGCUGCGUUGAAGAAAAGAUUACGUUUGCUACAAUAUCAGUCUCAAUGAGUAGGCCUUCUUAAAAAAGAUAGUUCACCCAAACAUUUAAUAUCUGGCAUUAUUUACUCACUUUCACGUCAUCCAAACCUGUAUGCCUUUCUUUUUUCUGUGGAACACAAAAGACAUUUUCUUUUCAGUAUGAAAAGUCUCAGGGCCCUAUUUUAAUGUUCUAAGUGCAUGGUCUGAAGCACAUGGCGCAGGUGUACUUAGGGCGUUUCCGAAUUCACUUUUGCUAGUUUAACAACAGAUUAAAUGCUUUUCGUUUAACCUUGUUUUCAGACCAGCAUGAACAGAUGGGCACAAGUUCAUUUGCAUUUGUUAAACGAUGUGCUCUCAGUGUUUUUUCCUUUACAAUAGAUAUCAGUGGUCACCUAAACUUCAAAAUAUCAUCAUUUGUGUUCAGCAGAAGAAAUCCAUGUAGGUUUGGAAACACAUGAGAUCAUUUUUUAAAAUUAUUUAAAAUUAUUAGGUUAUUAGGUUAUAUUUGGCUCAGAAUCAGUGGAUUGCUUCUUUAGUAAGAAUAUAACAAUGUUGUGCUUAGACUGACAGGUUUGUCUUAUUUCCUCUUUGAGUGACUGCACAUGAUCUGCUGUACAGGUUUUAUAGCAUUUUGAUUGAGUUCCUUCAUAGUGUUUAAAACCACAUACUCCCAUACAAUUGAGGUGCUUCCAUGUUUUGACACUGGAUCUUCUUCUGCAGCUUCAUUGUCUUCACAAUCAAGGGAUCAUUUUGACAAGCUAGCACACGUUUGAGGUCUUUCACACACGUUUCUUUCAUCUGUCUUUACUAUUUCUCAUAAACAAGCAUUAAAUACACGUCUUUAACUGUUGUGAUCCUCACUGUUUUUCACUCUUGCUCAUGUGAUAUUGCUUAAUGAGCUUUUUCAAUAAAACACAGAA